AUGGAGGAGGCGAGGGAGGAGAUGGAGCAGGUGAGGGCUGCUGCCCGCGCUGCUGCUGAUGAGGCUUAUGCUAAAGGGCGGGCCGAUGGGAGGAGGGAGGGGAGGGAGGAGGCGUGGAGGGAAGGGAUGGAAGAUGUGAGAUUGGAUGGGAGAAUUGCGGGGAGGAAGGAAGGGCGAGAGGAGGGGAGGAAGGAAGGGAGAGAGGAAGGAAUGAAGGAGGGGAGAGAGGAAGGGAGGAGGGAAGGCAGAGAGGAGGGGAGGAAAGAGGGAAGAGAGGAAGGGAGGAAGGAGGGAAGAGAGGAAGGAAGGAGGGAAGGGAGAGAGGAGGGGAGAGCAGAAGCGAUGCAGAUUGCACAGGAGGAGCUGGAGGAAGCUGCGAGGAAGGUGCGGGAGCUGGAGGAACGAGUGGCUAGAGCUGAAGACAUGGUCCUGAUGAACAGUAAAGAGAGCAUCACGACCAUAUGCAGCACUGGGGCGCCUCAGGAGGGCAUAAUCCGCGUUAUAAACAGUUCCAUGAGCAAUACCAUGGACAGUGCAAUAAACAGUGCUGUAGACAGUACCACGGGCAAUGAUGCAAACGGUACAGCUCCUGCUGUGGCUGCUUCUGACGUUGCAGCUGCAGCUAUGGCGAGUCUCAAGUCCCUGGAGGAACAAGUAAGAGAGGGCGAGGAGAGGGAGAGGGCGUGGCAGGGGAGGCUGGAGGCAGCAGAGGAGGCCAGGGAUGCUUUGCAUGCUCAGGCAGUGGCUGCAGCCGAAGCUGCCACUGCUGCAGCUGAGGCGGUAGCAGCAGCCGCAGAGAGUGAAGCAGCGGCAGGGAGAGAGGCGGUUCGAGAGGUGGAGAGGUUAAUUGGGGAGGAGAGGAGGAGGUGUGAGGAGUUGGGCAGGGAGGUGGCGAGGGAGGGGAGGAGGUGUCGGGAGUUGGAGGGAGUGGUGGAGAGGGAGAGGAGUAGGUGUGAGGAGCUGCGUAGAGAGGUGGAGAGGGGUAGGGAGAGGUGCAGGGAGAUUGGAGAAGAGUUGAGGAGGGAGAGGGAGAAGGGGGAGAGGGAGAGGUUGAUCGUGCAGCAAGAGAGGGAAGAGAUGGGGAAGGAGAGGGAGAGGGCGGAAAGGCAGACAGAGGAGGCUGGGAUUUUGCUGCAACAGUUUGAGCAGUUGGCUGCUGCUGUGGUUGAUUCGGUGGUGGCUAGGGUGAUUUCUGAAUCGAAACAAGAGGCUGGACUAGUGCUGCAGCACUUUGAAAACCUGGCUGCUGCUAUGGUUGAUGUGGUGGCUAUUAGGGUGACUUCUGAGUCGACUCGAGAGGCCGGGCUUAUGCUACAGCAGUUUGAGCAUUUGGCUGCUGCUGUAGUGGAUACGGUGGUGUCUGGGGACAAGGAGAAGGAUGGUGAGGUAGGGAGGGGUCUACAGCAGGUGAAGCGGGAGACGGGAGAGUGGAUGGAAGGAAGCAAGGCGGAAGAGAGGAGGGAUGUGAGGGAGAGUGAGGAGCUCAAGACACGUGUGAGAGAGCUGGAGGCCAGGAUACAGGACGCUUUUGAGAAGGAAAGGUACACAAUGGAUAUUGCAGCGGUUGCCUUGGAGUCAGCAGUUGGUGAGGCGGUUAGAGAGGCGGUGGUGGCACGUGCUAACAAGGAAGCGGAAGCGUCUGAGAGGGAGAGGUAUACGAUGGAGAUUGGAGCGGUUGCUUUGGAGUCAGCUGUGGGUGAGGCGGCUAGAAAGGCGGGGGCUGAAGCUUCGGAGAAAGAGAGGUAUAUGAUGGAAUUUGCAGCAGUUGCUUUGGAGUCGGCUGUGGGUGAGGCGGUUGGAAAGGUGGUUGCACGGGCUGAGAAGAAGGAACAGGAAGCUUCUGAGAAAGAGAGGUGUACGAGGGAAAUUGCAGAGGUUGCCUUGCAGGCAGCUCUGGUUGAGGCGAUUAGAAAGGCGGUUACACUAGCACGUGCUGAGAAGGAAGCGGAAGCUUCUGAAAAAGAGAGGUACGCUAUGGAAAUUGCAGCGGUUGUCUUGGAGUCAGCUGUGGAUGAGGCGGUAACACAGGCAGUAGCACGGGCUGAGAAGAAGGGAGAGGAAGCUUCUGAAAAGGAAAGAUGCACAAUGGAGAUUGCAGCUAUUGCCUUGGAAUCAGCUGUGGGUGUGGCGGUAGCACUAGCACACGCUGAGAAGGAAGCAGAAGCUUCUGAGAAGCAGAGGUUUACAAUGGAAAUAGCAGCAAUUGCUUUUGAGUCAGCUAUCGGUGAGGCUGUCACACUAGCCCGUGCUGAGAAGGAAGUGGAAGCUUCUGAGAAAGAGAGGUGUACGAUGGAAAUCGCAGCAGCUGCCUUUGAGUCAGCGGUGGGUGAGGCGGUAACAGUUGCACACGCUGAGAAGGAAUCGGGAGGUUCUAAGAAAGACAGGCUUAUGAUGGAAACAGUGGGGAUUGCGUUGGAAGGGGCAGUAGAGGCGGCAGUAAGUCAGGCUGUGGCCAAGGCAGAGGCUCGGAUGCACGAGGCUGAGAAACAGGUUCGGGAGAAGGUACGGGAGGAGCUCUGGGAGCAGGUUCGGGAGGAAGUCCGGGAAAAGGUUUGGGAGGAGGUUUGGCCCGAAGCUGAGCAGAGGGCUCGGGAGAAGCUGAAUGCUGCGUGGGCAGCUGUUGCCAAAGCCGAGGCUGCUGUGGAGGCUCGGACUGCAGAGCAGGCUGCUACCACGGCUGUAGCGGCAUCUGAAGCAGCAAAGGGGUCUGUGGCUGCAGGUGUAGCAGCGAAGGAAUGUGUAUCAGGCUGUGCAAAGGAUGAAGGGGGAGUGGGGCUGGAGGCAAGGAAAUGGAUGGCGGAUGGGGAAGGACCUGGGGAUGAUGGAGAGGGGGAGAUGGAGGAGGCAGGGGGGGAGGAGGAGGGGGAGCGGGAGGGGGAGGGGGAGGCGGAGGGGGAGGGAGAGAGGGAGGGGGAGGGGGAGGGGGAGGGGGAGGGGGAGGGGGAGGGGGAGGGGGAGGAAGAGGCGGAGGCAGAGGGGAGCUGGAGGGGGGAGGGGAAGGGGAGGGGGAGGGGGAUGACGUGGACAGCAUGUUAG